AUGUCGUCUAAGAGUAUUCGGAACAAACGUCGUCGUGAAAAUAAAUUCGAUAAAGAACUAACGUAUGAAUCAUCAUUACCACCUUAUGAACCAGUUCACAAAUACCGAAUUUACUUUCUUCAUGAAUUAACAUCUUUGGAAGAUUUAAAUUAUUUAAUUAAUUCCAGUCAACAUACAAAAUGUUUUGCUAUUGACACGGAAUCUAAUUAUGGAUCUAAUGACCCGGCUCUUAUACAAAUUUUAUAUAUUCAACCACCUGAUGUUGAAUCACCAAUGUUACUUGUUGAAGUGCAGUUUUUACCUGCUACUUCUUCACCUACAUUUUUUAAAAUUCAACAAUUAUUUCAAAGUAUUUUUUGCAAUGAUUCUCAUUUAUUCACAUGGGGCGAUAUACGAAAAGAAUUGAAUCCUUUUACAAUUUAUGAUAUUUUUUCUAUGCCUAUUUAUUCUUAUCUUCAUCAAGUGCAGGUACAAUUUAAGCCUUGGUUUAAUCAAUGGAUUAAAAAAUAUUAUUCUUUACCAGCUGAUAAUAUAGAUAAUGACUUAAAUGAUAUAGUAAUCAUUGAUGCACCUACAUAUGAUCCAACCCUGCUCUUGCCAACACAAUUAAUGAACAACAAAAAAUUUUAUUCCGGUGAAACAUGGAGUUUGCAAGAUGCAAUAGUUUACACGUUUGGACAAUAUUUAUCCAAACGUGAAACUUUACGGCAAUGGUCUAUUGGAUUAGAUGAAACAUUAUAUACAUGUGAUAGAUCAUUCUCAUCAAAUUAUCGUAAAAAAUUGAUCAAGUAUGCUUGUCUCGAUUGUCUUACUGUCGCACAUAUCAAUUUCAUAAUGCAACAAUCAAAAAUUCCACUUGAUAUGAAUUAUGUACACAAGCAACAGCAAACUUCAGGCGAGUAUACUUUAUCUAAUACUUUAACCGUUGUGUCAGAUAUAUUUCAGCUAAGUGAAGACAGUUCAUAUUCUUCUGAACAAAACAACACCGAGUUGGUGGCCGUUCAUGCUCCAAAUGAACGCCAUCAAUCCCCAUUGCACAGUAUUCAGCUGGAUUGUCAUCAACACGAAACAGAAGCACCAGCACUUGUCUCAACAACUGUACCUCGUUCUCAUAAACGAUCAUCAAUUGCCAAGAAAAAACGAAAUACAAAAACUAGUCAUCGCCAUCGAGCAAAUCGUUACAAUUAUGAAAUAAUACGUCCAGAAAAUAUGAAGAUUACAUCAAUUAAAAAAUUAUUACGGGAAAAUCAUAUUAAAUAUACCAAUAUCCAUGUGGUUCAUUCAGUACUUUAUAUUGGUGUCAAGUCCGAUGGGCAUAAACAUCUAUACGAACAGUUAUUGCCGUCCGAUAUGUUUGUCUGA